AGUAAUCACCAUAACCCAUGUCGUACUGUUUGACUUUGUGUUCCCUCCUGUCUCGUGGUUUCUCAUUCCUCCAGCAUGGUUUUGUUGUGGCUCCCUUAUUUUGGGUGCCUCUUGUGUUGGCCUCGUCCCUUGUCUCUCUGCCUCAGCCAAAACCUCAUACCUAUUUGUUGUUUCCCGCAUCUGUGUUACUGGGUGGUUCGAUUGUCCCCUUAUCGCUCCAAAUCUUCAAUCUUUUUCUUUGCGACAAUCCAUUCCCCAUAUAAGGGGGAUUUCGGCACUGGUUCCACAUGCAUAUCAUUUGUUUGGUCUGCUUCGUCAACAAUUGGCUCCGACUCAGGGGGUUUGGUGCAUCUGCAUUGCUCAGUCGUAUACCCAUAUUUCCUGCAUUCAAAACACACAUUGUAAAGGCUCUCGCAUCGCAUGUGAUGAAAUUCUCUUUCCAUUCAACUUUGUACUUCGAUAAAAGCGGCUUCGUUAGAUCCACUUCAACACAAACGUGAGCAUAUUUCAUUCUGGCUCCCUCAAGAGUUGCUCGAUCCACCCUGGCCGGAUUACCAAUCAGUCCGACGAUUCUCAUCACUGCUAUCUGAUUAAAAAAUUCUGAAGGGAGGCGGGGAAGCUGCACCCAAACCAUUGUAGUCUUUGUCUCAACCUGCCAUGGGUCAAAACCUCGAUACCACCGAUGGACAGUAACAAAUCAUUCUAUGAUACAACCCAAACUUGUACCAAUACAUUAUGGUACAAGUUUAAGUACCUAGACACUAUGGUGCAACUUUAUGUUUGUACCAACACUUUCGAACAAAUCUCUCUAUGGUACAACUUCCUAUACGUUAUGGUACAACUUUAGGUUGUACCUACACUUUCGAACACAUCUCUCUGUGGUACAACACAAACUUCUACCUACACUUUCCAAAAAAAAACCAACCCAAACUUGUACCUGCACGCUUUGCGAAACAAAUUCUUCAAUGGUACAACUCAAACUUAAAAUUGUAUCUACACGCUAUGUACAAUUUUGGGUUGCACCUACACUUUGUGCGAAACAAAUUCUUCAACGGUACAACUCAAACUUGUACCCUGUAGGAUAUGUACAACUGUAAUUUGUACCUACACUUUUAUCGAUUGAUUAAUUAUUUACAAGAUUGUCAUUAAUAAAUGUGGGAUCAAGUCACUUAAUGGGUUUACCUCCCCAACCACCGAUAACCUUUUUAUUUUUAUUUUUUAUAGUAUAAAAAAAGAGCACAGACCGUCGGUAUUAGUCAAUCAUUUUCCAAAGAGGAAAAGGUUUCCAGAAUCCAGUAGGGAAAAGGAAAGAAGUCAAGCGUAGUACUAUAAAAGCAGAGGAGCUCAAUCGAUCGUAAGUGCUAGUCGGCAAUUUAGGCAUGGCAGGCGACGAUGAAGAGCACUACACGGUGCUGGGGCUUCCUUCAGGGGAGUUAGGGUUGCGGGUGUCGUCGUCGGAGAUCCGCCGCGCUUACAAACGCAAGGCAUUCGAGCUGCACCCGGACAAGAGACCCGACGACGAGAACGCAAAGCAAAAGUUCCAGAAGCUGCAAUCCUCCUACGAGGUUCUCAAGGACGACACAUCUCGCAAGUUGUAUGAUGAUCGCCUUCGGCUCAAGAUCCUUCUGAAAUCCAAGCAGCGCCGGGAACGAGCUUCAGAUCAUGAUCAUCAUCGUUCCGAGCGAAAGAAGCAGAAGCAGAAGCAGCAGCAGCAGCAGCAGGACGACCUAGCUGAAGAGAUUCGGGAGCAAGCAAAGCGGCGGAGUUGGGAGCAAGAACAGCAACGCUUAGCUACAGAGUUCUCGGAGAAGAUCGCGAGGAACGUGCGCUUGCUGGCCGAGCACCAAAAGAAGCGAGCGUUCGAAAACUACCAAUUCCGGCGCAGAAUGGAACUUGAGGACCCGUUCUUCAUGCCUUACCAAUGGUUUUAAACAACGUUGUUGAGUCACAUUUUGGUGGCGGCACCGUGACUACCAAUUGACGCAAUCAAAACGCGUGUAUGCAAAUUAUCGAUCCAGUAAUUAAGAUAAGUAAAGUUAUCGUAAAAGCAAGUGUCUUUGUCAUCCAAACAAAGAGUACUGGGAGAAAACAAACUUGCUGAGGGAUUAUGUGCAGUGCUGCAUGGCCAAAUCUGUAGAACAAAACUCUUUCAGCAGGCUAAAGUUAGCAUUCCACAGAAUGAAUGAACAAUUCCAAAAGCAUACGUGUUCUCAUCCAUGUUUUUACGACUUGAAUUGAAUUAUUUGCCUUCGAUUAGAAGCUAUGGAGUCUUGAUGUAAAGUGUAGUGUCCUUAAGUACAAUGAAAUUGACUCUCUUAUCCCCGUGAACUAACUAACACACAUUAUGUUAGUGACCCACGUAAAUUUAUGUCUUCUUCACUUUCUUGCAUUGUCGAUUGUAUCCAGAUGCGCUCUUAAUAAUUCAUCAUUCCAGCUUGCUUUUAUCGAUUAUUAGCUUCUUUUCUAACUAAUCCUCGGUAAAACAAUAAAUCUAAAUGGAAGUUAGAAAGAAACCUAAAAUGUGACAUUUUUUUAAACUAUAAGACACGUAUGAGCGCGUAUAGUAUUUAUUUCAGUCUAACAGACCGUUUGGUACCAAAUGAAUCCAUAAUUUAUUUCAUUUUAAAAUGAAUUAUUGGGUGGAAUUCAUUGUCAAAUGAAUACCUGUUUUUGGUACAUGCUACUAGCGUUACAAUCAAAUUCUUGUCGACGUUCCUCAUACUGCCUGAAUUGGCGCCAAAUAAUAUAUGCGGUAGUAAUUUUGUUAAUAAAUGAGAAUAAUUAUGUCGUUUUAUUACAAUAAGUAAAUACUUGUGGAAUUCAUUUGAAAAUUCCAUCUCAAUUCUUAGAAAUUGCUAUAACUAGUUCCAAUUCCAUAGAAUUCAAAAUUUAGAAAUGAAAAUGAAUUCUUUUAAAUACC